AUGGGGUCACAAGAAAACCGCAUCAACCAAGAAGGAAAAUGUCCACAGCCACGUACACAGAGGGAUUCAGACAUUGGAUCUCCCGGCAACAUUCAGAGACGCUGUUGUUGUGACACAUACUAUUGGAUACCAGUACUUGUGGAUCGACUCGCUGUGUAUCGUACAGAACGACCCAGAAGACUGGGAGCUUGA